UUGGCAAAUAGGGGCCAGGCACAAGAACCUCAGGUCAUGAGUUUAAUUGCUCUUCUAGAUUUCUGAAUCAAUUAGAAAGCUUGCUUUGCAAGAUUGGAGUUUCAGUUUUAGAGUUGGUGACUGGAUUGAAAUCAUGUCUUAGAUUUCCAUUGUUAUCCAUCUUCAAACUUGGGUUGCUUAUUUUACAUUUAUUCCUGUUGUAGAAAAAGCUGCUGAAGGAGUGAUGGGCUUUGCUUAAGAUAAGCACUUCAUCAUCUGAUGCUUGUGGAAAAAUCGAUUUUCAGUGGGCAACAACAUUGGCAAUAAUGUUUUGAAGUAUAAAAUAAUAUUGCUAAAUCUUUUUUGGUUGCCUGUAUAAAAUUAUAUUGCGAGAAUUGUCUAGUCUAAGUUCUAAUUUGCUGGUUGAGAAAAACUCAGUGCUGUGUUUCUGAGUGCAAGUUUUUAGGAUAGUAUUCACCGUUAACUUCUCUAUUCUUCUAUUCCAAAUGGAAGCUGGCUUCUUUUUCCACGAUUAGGAUCUUUUUCUUCUUUUUCUUUGCUCCCCAAACAUUCCUUUCCAAGUACUAAUCUAUCAAUUUUUUCCUUUUGUAAUUCUAUUACUAAUUGCAUCUUUGGAAACAUUUCAGUCUUAAAUUGCCCCUAUUUCCAGUCUUUUCUGUGUAAGACCAAACUUCUCUCAGGGGUCAGUGGUGUUAUUUGAUUUCAUUCAUGCUAUGUGAUCAGGCUUUCUUCUGUUUUUAUUUUGAUGUUAUAAAUUAGUUGUCACUUGUUCAUCUUAGCCAUCAGUUUCUUGCAGGUUGUUCAUUAUUUCUUCAUAUCUGCAUGUCGUGUUAAGCAGUGUAUCAGGACAUUAUCAGUUUUUCAUUUUGGCAACUCAAAUUUUCCAUGUUUUUGCUGUUGGGGUUUAAGUUCUUAAUUUUUAACUGGUUCAUGCUAAUGUAUUAGGUCCUUUGGUAUUGCCAUCUAUACAACUUGAUGGGGCUGGUUCCAUUUAAGAUUAUCAUUUUUAUAGAAGAUACAAAGUUUGUGGUUGGUUAUUGCUUGAACUUACAUAGCAUCAGUUCCCUGCAGGGCUGUGUAACACGGAUUCGGCUUUUUUACGCAUAUUGGAGAAAAUUGAUGCAAUUUUGGGAUUUAUUAUUUCUUUGUUUUUCGUUUCAUGAUAGAAAAUUGUGCCUCGUCCAAUGAGCAAAAAAAAUUUAAAAACAGUUGCUUAUUUUAUGAAUGCCAGAAUCAUUUUUGAGUUUCCAGUGAGAGUUCUAUAUCUAAUUGCAAAAUCUGUGUUGUUCACUUGGAUUUUGUCCUCUUGCAGACGACAUAAAGAGAAAAAGGAAGAAACGGCUGAGCCUGAAGCUGAUCCUGAGCGGGACCAGAGAACAGUAUUUGCUUAUCAGAUUUGCUUGAAGGCAACUGAAAGAGAUGUUUAUGAAUUCUUCUCAAGGGCUGGCAAGGUGAGAGAUGUUCGCCUCAUCAUGGACCGCAAUUCAAGACGUUCCAAGGGAGUUGGGUACAUUGAGUUCUAUGAUGUAAUGUCAGUCCCUAUGGCAAUAGCACUCUCGGGGCAGCCUCUUCUUAGUCAACCUGUGAUGGUAAAACCAUCAGAAGCAGAAAAGAAUCUUGUUCAGUCAACGGUGGCUGGAGGUUCCACUGGACUUAUAGGUCCCUAUUCUGGGGGGGCCAGACGUCUCUAUGUUGGAAAUCUUCAUUUCAACAUGACAGAAGAUGAUCUUCGCAAGGUUUUUGAACCAUUUGGGACUGUGGAGCUGGUGCAGUUGCCUCUUGACGAAGCUGGGCAUUGCAAAGGCUUUGGCUUUGUCCAGUUUUCACGUCUUGAAGAUGCUAGGAAUGCAUUGAAUUUGAAUGGACAAUUGGAGAUCGCCAGUCGAGUAAUCAAGGUGUCAGCAGUUACUGAUCAAACUGGAAUUCAAGAUGUUGGGACAAAUACUGGUGAUUUUGAUGAUGAUGAUGGUGGUGGAUUGGCGUUGAAUGCACAAUCUCGAGCACUUCUCAUGCGGAAGUUAGAUCGCAGUGGCACUGCAUCAAGCAUUACCAGUUCAUUAAACACUCCUGCUGUCAACAGCACUAGCCUUGUUGGACCAACUGCACCCAUCCUUGGUGCUGCACCCGGGGUUCCUCCCUUGGUUGCUCCUCUUGUACAGGGUUCUUUUCCUUCUGUCCCUGUGCUCCCAGGAACAGGUCUACAACUUCCUGGUGCAACUAUUCCUUCUGUCGAGCCCAUUGGCAUCCCAAGUGAAUGUCUAUUACUGAAAAAUAUGUUUGAUCCAAAUGUUGAGACUGAACCAGAUUUUGAUUUAGACAUCAAGGAAGAUGUUAAAGAGGAAUGUUCGAAAUUUGGGAACUUGAAACACAUCUUUGUAGACAAGAAUAGUGCUGGUUUUGUAUAUCUGCGAUUUGAAAGUGUCCAAUAUGCUCUAAAUGCCCAACGAGCUCUCCAUGGUAGAUGGUUUGCUGGGAAGAUGAUCACUGCAACGUUCAUGGUGCCACAGACGUAUGAGCAUAAAUUUCCUGACAGUGGUAAAUAGGAUCUGGGAGUUUGGAUGGGAACGGCAAAUUCAAGAUACUAGAUGACUGUUGAUAGCAUCUUCAGUGUAUUUUCCUGUUCUUACCCUUUUUGAGUUGCGAGCAGGGGGUUGCUUGCACAAACUGAGAUGUUAAAAUUAGGUUUAUCAACUGUAAUUGAUAAGUAUUUUUUUUUUUUUUUUAAAAAAACCUGGUAUAAUAGUAAUAGACAUAUAAAAAGCAGUUAUUUCGUUUUGCAA